AGUCAUAGGAAACUGUAGUACUACACCUCUUGGCGCCGGAAAAAAGGCCUUAGAUGUGCCCAGUUAACUCGCCUCUAGCCAAUCAGAACGCUAGUUGGCGCCUUUCGAUGUUAUGAUUGGCUACUUGCUGAGAAAAGGCGAGAACCUGUCACCUCCAGGGUGGUGCGGCCACGAGCAGCUGAUUUCAGAGGUCUUGAGAUGUCAGCCCAGUGAUGAUGUCAGCCUCGAGGUGAUGUCAGCGUGAUAGUGGUGUUCGCAGGACUCUUUUUCGGUCACCAGGAGUGUCAGGUGUCAUCAUGGAGGAGCCAGGAGACUCAGGAGAGGAGAAAAAUGCGGUCGAGGUACUGCAGGCCAAAGUCUCGGAGUUAAUGGAACGGGAGCGUAAAUUAUUGGAAGAACAUACGCGACAGGAGGCAGACUUUGGACUCCGUAGGGCCAAACUUAAGGAACUCUAUCUUCAGAAAGAAGAGGAGUUGAGACUGCAGUCUGAUCAUACUAGAGCAGUUGAGGUGGAACUAGAGGUGCUACGUGCUCAGGUGCGAGAGCUGCAGGAAGAACUGGAGGAGGCUCGCAGUGCAGUCACAAUUGCACAAUGUACAGCUGAAAAUGACAUUGCUGUAGAACAACGUAAAUGUCAGGAGGAAAUAGCCACAGUCCAACAGCUCAUGAAAGGUGAGUGUUCAGCCUUGUGCAGAGUUUGACUUAAUUGCACUUCA